AUGCAAACAUUUUUGGAGCGGUGCGCGGAGCAGAGCGUGGAGCGGAGCGGGGUGCAGUGUUACUGGAGCGCUGAGCGGUUAUGGGUGGAGCGGCGUUUUGCGACUUUGAGGGAGGAGCAGAGCGGUGACAACCUUUCCAAAGAGAGAAAAAAUAGGAGGGAUAAAGUCCUCACCACUUCACCAGGUCUGAAGGUCCGAAAGAGGAUUCAUACUGAAGAGAAGCCGUACACCUGUGAUCAGUGUGGGCGAGCAUUUACCCGACAAGAUCAUCUAAGGACUCAUCAGCGUAUUCACACUGGAGAAAAGCCGUACAAAUGUGAUCAGUGUGGGGCAGCUUUUACCACGUCAAGUAUUCUAAGGAGUCAUCAGCGUAUCCACACUGGAGAGAAGCCUUACAGAUGUGAUCAGUGUGGGGCAGCUUUUACCGAACAAGGUAGUCUAAGGCGUCAUCAGCGUAUUCACACUGGUGAUAAGCCUUACAGAUGCGAUCAGUGUGGGGCAGCUUUUACCCGACAAGGUAGUCUAAGGCGUCAUCAGCGUAUUCACACUGGUGAUAAGCCUUACAGAUGCGAUCAGUGUGGGGCAGCUUUUACCGAACAAGGUCAGCUAAGGCGUCAUCAGCGUAUUCACACUGGGGAUAAGCCUUACAGAUGUGAUCAGUGUGGGGCAGCUUUUACUCAACAAGCUGGUCUAAGGAGUCAUCAGCGUAUUCACACUGGUGAUAAGCCUUACAGAUGUGAUCAGUGUGGGGCAGCUUUUACCGAACAAGGUAGUCUAAGGCGUCAUCAGCGUAUUCACACUGGAUUUAAGCCUUACAGAUGUGAUCAGUGUGAGGCAGCUUUUACUCAACAAGGUAAUCUAAGGAGUCAUCAGCGUAUUCACACUGGGGAUAAGCCUUACAGAUGUGAUCAGUGUGGGGCAGCUUUUACCCAACAAGGUCAUCUAAGGAGUCAUCAGCGUAUUCACACUAGAUAAAACAUUUUCUGUGAUCAAUGUGGGGCAGCUUUUACUCAGAGAGUUCAGUUAAAGGUACCAAUUUAGACAUGUUAUGUUGUUCUGAGAGAGAAAAAAGAAAUCUGGAGUUUUGUUUUCAGUUUCAACUGAAAAAUGUGUUUAUCUUAAACUUGAUUUUUCCCCAGUUUAUGUUCCAUUGUUACAUCAUUUAAAUAAAAAAAGUUAUUUGUU